ACUCAUUUGGCCCCGGAUGUAAAGAUACAAAGAACUGCACGUGCUGUCACAGCGAAGGGGAAACAACUCCAGCGACUGUGUGGUGCUCGGUAUGCGAUGACGCCUUGUGUGAUGUAUGUGCUAGGGUGCACAGUCGCAUCUCAUCAACUCGUCAUCACGAUACAACCGCCCUGACUAGUGAGGCCAUUAUCCCAAGGAAACGAAACAUUAAGUGUAAAGAACACAAGGAUGAAAACAUCAAAUUCCUGUGCAAAGAUUGCAAGAAAGUCACCUGUCACACCUGUUGUGUUAUCUAUCACAGGAAAUGUGAGUCAGUUGUCACACUGGAGUCGGAAUUACCUGCAUUAAAGCCCCAGCUGUUGAAUAAGAAGGAAACUAUUUCGAAGAAGCAAAUCCAAAUGGAAACAAACGUUGAUGCAGUUAAAGUGAACGUCGUAUCUGAAAAAGAUCGAUAUGCAAGAAUGGAACAUGACAUCAAGUCUUUUGCUAACAACGCGAGAGAAAAGAUAACUCUCAUGGAAAAUAAACUUCUAGAUGAACUGAAAGAAGUUUCUGAAAAGCAUAUUGAACAACUCACAGCCGACCUAAAGUCGGGUAAAAUGUCAGUACAGAUGUACCGACAACAGACUGAGCUGAUAGACCGGAUUCUACAAUCUGAGUGUGACAUGGACGUGUAUGAGAUGUAUCAGGGAUGUGAGGCCGGUGAUGUGGAUGCUGUCGGAGACGUAGACUUGAAGAAGAGAAUAGCCAAGAUCAUGUUGAGACAGAACGAAGCCAUGCUGAGUAGAGCUCUGGACGAUCUACAGCUGGGUGAGAUAGAUGUCCAGUAUGACGGUAUGGUGAACUUGGAGGCAACACCUGUAUCUCAAGACACCAGUAACAUGCUGGACCUGAAGGCUGCUCCUGUGUUACAGGACACCAUUAACGUUAAGGUAGCUGGAGGCGAGAAUAAGGUAUACCCUUUUGACUUAACAGUAUUGCCGGUGAAUGGUACAGACACAGUGGUUAUAACAGACUACAACAACAACAACAGUGUGACGUCCUUGUACACUAGGAACAAACAACGACAUCACAGCAAGCUCCAACUGGGAAGAACACGAAACAUCCUUGUGUCGGAUGACAGUUCCAGGCGUGUCUUGUGCCUGACAGCUGAAGGGGACGUUGUGUUCACCUACCCUACACCAGGACACACAACACUAAGAUAUCCACGUGGUAUCACAAGUGCCAGCACAGGUGACAUCCUGGUUACUGACUACGGUGAACACACUGUUGCUCAUCUGACUGAGUCGGGACAGUUUGUCAGAAACAUACCACUAAAGAUGAUGGUGUCUCGUACCCGCACGGAGUUUGUGUAG